GGGCCGGCGGCCCAGAAAUAGCAGCGGCGGCGGUCCCGCCCGCGGGCUGCCGCGAGCGAAAGGCGGAGACUGGAGGACGCAGGCUGGGCGCGGGCGCGGCGCGGCCCCGGCCCCGGAGGAUGCUGAGCCCCUGCCCGGUCCGGCCCCGAGCACAUGAUGGCGAUACGGGAGCUCAAAGUGUGUCUUCUCGGGGACACCGGGGUUGGGAAAUCAAGCAUUGUGUGUCGAUUUGUACAGGAUCACUUUGACCACAACAUCAGCCCGACCAUUGGGUAAGGCAUCUUUAUGACCAAAACUGUGCCUUGUGGAAAUGAGCUUCAUAAGUUCCUCAUCUGGGACACUGCUGGGCAGGAAAAGUUUCAUUCACUGGCUCCCAUGUACUAUCGUGGAUCCGCUGCAGCUGUCAUAGUAUAUGAUAUUACCAAACAGGAUUCAUUUCAUACCCUGAAGAAAUGGGUGAAAGAGCUGAAGGAGCAUGGUCCAGAAAACAUUGUAAUGGCUAUUGCUGGAAACAAGUGUGAUCUCUCAGACAUUAGGGAAGUUCCCUUGAAGGACGCUAAGGAAUAUGCCGAAUCCAUAGGUGCCGUCGUGGUUGAAACAAGUGCAAAAAAUGCUAUUAAUAUCGAAGAGCUCUUUCAAGGAAUCAGUCGCCAGAUCCCACCCUUGGACCCCCAUGAAAAUGGAAACAAUGGAGCCAUCAAACUUGGGAAGCCAGCCACGCAAGCCAGCCGGCGGUGCUGCUGACCCGUGGGCCAUGGUCCACAGUACUUGAAGAAGCCAGAGCCGACCUCCCACUCUCGGCAGCCUGGCACCCCACAUAGGGAGAAGUGGGAUGCUGGCUUGGCAUCCUAGAAGACCUGCAGUGGUGGGGCAGGAACUGUCCCUGGGAAAGGCUUCUAGAAAAAUCCACCACACUGCCACAAAAUGGCCUUUGGUGCAUGAAAUGCAAACGGGAGGGAACAGGUGUUAGGUCACAAGUACAACUGAUUUGUUAUUGUUGUUGUUGUUGUUGUUGUUAAAAACCUUAAAAUAUUCUUAAAUUUGUACAGCAGCCACAUCGGCUUAAUAUGUGUGAGAGUCCAAAGUGGUGAUCCAUUCUGAUUUCCUGUGCUCCCCAGCCCCAUUUCAUUAAGUUCUUCAGUGCCAUUGCCUCUGUUUCCUGACCAGCCUUCACUGAAAGGUUCAUUUAAUUUAAUUUAAUUUAAUUUAAUUUACCUUUCAAUGGAGUGUGAUUGGCCCAUCACUCAAGCUACAGACUUGAGCCAUGAUGAAAGUGGAGAAAGAUGUAUUAGAAACUGUUGUCUACAUCUCUUUUACGUGGUGCCCGUUUUCCUUCAGUCAUAUAUAAACACACCAAAUCUGACUAAGAUACCGCAUGCAAUUUUGGGAGUGGGAGGCCUAGUUUGAAAGAAUCAUUUAAGUAGUUACCGUGUAAGUGGUGACAGAUGUAGGAUAUAAAUAUUUUUCCAGAGACUGUCUGGUAUGAUCGUCUCCACAGCAAUAAACGCCUACCCUCUUAGGGAAGGUGAAUGCACAGACUAUGAUUUUACUAAGACAGUAUGUCACGGCAUCAUAUCUAGGGGGCAAAUUAACCAGGGGAUGUUCCAGUUUGGAUCUUAGGGCACACCCCGAAUAAUAUCAAUUAAUAGGUUACAGGAAAGCCAGCCAGAGGGAGCACCAGCACCUUAAGAUUCUAGACCCCCGGCAUUACAGAAUUGGAGAAAGCGUUCUAGAAGAUGCCAGGCUUGGGCAGGUGGGCGCUAGGGCUACCCGGAGGUCCCACCCUGGAAUGCUAAUUAGCUGACAGUAGGCUUUCAUAAAACCUUCCCUUCUAGAUGCCCUGUCUGCUCAAUUAAUUAAAGAUGCCUGAAUCCGAUGGAAGGAAAGGGAGAGAAGGCAUGGAAAGGAAGAAAAGCUAUUUCCAUUGGAAAUCCAAAUCUUAUUACCAUUCGGACGUCCAUCAAUAUCUGGGAUCAAGAAGCCCUUGGCUUCCUAUUAGGGCUUAUAUUGGAGGGAAAUUCUUAAAGGAUGUUUGGAUCCAUGCCUUGCGUGGGGGUAAUCAGGCAGCCUGGUAACAGGGCUGGCUGGUUCCCUCUUUUGGUAGGAACAUUCAAGACCCAGCAAACUUUAGUAGAAAACCUAUAAUGUAAAAGCCAGGAGAGAGAUUGUGAGCGGACAGAAGACCUCAAACUCCCAGGAACCCAGUGCGAGCUGCUGCUUCCGAGUCCUGUCAUGGCUGUGCCCACCCUGCUCUAGACAGGUUAGAGGUGCUGAGAUCACCGCCAACAAAAAGCGAGAGUCGCUGAGAGACCGCGGCCAAGCUGACACUAAUUUGUGAGGACUGCAAUCAAGAAAACAGGCGGAAAUCGCAGACUGAGGUGUUCUGUUUUGUUUUUAACUCAAGAAUAUGCUGUCAGUCGGAUAGCGUCAACUGUCGCACCUCGAUGGCAAAGAGUAGCGUGACCAUCUUAGGAUGUGCAGGCUGGAGAAACUUACUUUUGGUUCAGGAGGGCCUCUUAGCUCUCCCAGACAGGCACCUCAAAAACUGCUAGCAAGUGGCACUGGGAUGUCUCAGCAGGGCCCCUGCUGGGCUUUUUAGAGUUUCCUCCACAUCGUCAACUCUGCUUGCAAGCCGAGUGACUGUCGUGCCCCUUUUGAAAGUUAAACAACUGGGGCUGCAGAUGGAACGACCCCUUUCCAGGUGGCACGCGGGCUUGUCGUGGAGCCUUUCCUCAUCCAGUGGUCCCUGAGAACCUGGGUCUGUCUCUAGACAGCUGUUCUGGUGGCCCAGCUAAGGUGCUAACACCUCCCAGUGGGGUUCACAGCCUUGGUCUGGGCCUUCGGAGGUUGCAGCUUGCAUGAAAAUAGCUGAUGUUAAUCACAUGCAGCGAGCGAGCAACCCACGUAUGAGCCCAGGGUUUUCUUCCAGAAGCACAUCGAGGGUGUGAACCACUCCUUUACCUUUCUGUACCGCCUUAACUAUUCAGGCCAGUCAGAUGGCAAUAGGUACAUAAUCAGUACUCCGAGCGGUUGGUGAAGAGAGUACACGGCAUUUGGGCACAAGCAUUCAUGCAAACACAGAGUCUUCUCUGAAGACAGACGCUCGCGCUUUGUCCACAACGAAGCUUUCCGACUUUCUUUGGCCUCGCGAUCACGUCCUGGCUGUUCUGAUAGUUGACUUAGAACCACGUGAUAUUACGUAAAGGCCCAAAACGUCAAGAAGUUUCACGUGAUGGAAACCCUUCACAUAAUUUUCCAAACGUUGCUGUUCUCCUUCCGUUUUCUUUCCUUUCACGGGCGUGUAUAUGUGUAAAUAUGAUUUUGUAUUUGUUACCACCGACACGUGCCUAUGUGUUGCACCGUGUAGGCACGGGUUCUCACGGGGGUUAUUUCCCCGUGGGAUCCCCCACGAUGGCGCUGGAGUCAUGCAAACGUUUUAUGUAGGUACAUAAUUGACUUGCCAUUUUACGGUUGACAUGGUACAUCAGGGUGCCGAAUGGGACGUUACCUUGCAGACGAGAGAGGGUUGAAGGCCUAAAACUAACUUCUAGCCAACGAAAGGGCUGUGCCCCCAAUGAGCCCUGAAUUCAUUUUCUGAGGGAGGUUUGGAUGACAGAAAUCUUUGCUUUCAGAUCAAGGAGUGUAGCAUAUGGUGGCUGAAGCUGAGCCCCUCUGGCGGGACGCCACCUUGCUCUGCAGUGCUCACAGCGGGCUGAAUUACAAGCCAGCUUGUAAACGAAAGGGCUCGGAGCUGUAUUCAGACCCAUUUGGUGUCUAGGGCACUCUUUCAACCGCCAUCGUUGAAAGCAGACCCAGUGAUCCAGUGUCAGUGCUCUGCCGUGUAAACCGUUCCUUUUUCUCGUGUUUUUAUAAAGGGCUUCUGUCUGGGCUGGACCCAGUUCUCACAUAUAGAAGACACUGCGGCAGACGAUUAGGGUCUCUCCACCUUGUAUUCUAUAGUAAGCCAUUGCCCUCAACAUCGCCCAACUGUAUCUGUUAUCUUGAGUUUAACAAACACUGAUUCAUACUAAUAAAUAUUGUAAGUUUUA